AGCACCCCAACGCCUGCUCUUGAACAAUCGCGGCACUUAUUGUUCAUUCAGUUCCGGGGUGACGUGUAGAAUAAUUGCCUAGUCGCCUGCCUCCUACAGCUCAUCGGGUCGUAUGGGCACCAUCUUGCCUCUUCCGCAACGUUCGAGUCAUCACAGGCCCCAACAAUGGUACGGCCCCAGCCCCGGCCCGGCUCAGACGAGUCAGAGCUAAGGCUCUGGCUAGACGAAGUCGACAAGAGCAUGGUGUUCCGACCGGCGAGUGCGCUUGGCAUGUCCUGCGGCACGGUGACGAUUGAUCCCGAGCGAGGCAUGUUGCUCGUCAUCUGGAACGACCGGCUGAAGCUCUUCCAGCUCCCCAAGGGCAGGAGAAACAUCAACGAGACCAUGUUCUCGGCGGCUCUUCGGGAAACAUACGAGGAGACGGGCCUCCACGUCACGCCGGUCCAGCUCGACGUCGCGACGCGAGCGACUCCGCCGAGGGCUCACCACUCGGAUACAUCCAAGAAGCCGCCCAACAUCACCGAAGGCCAUCCAAGCAAUGAAUUCGUGGGCGCGUGCUUGUACCCCGAUCCGCAGUCAGAAACCGAAGCGCUGAAGAUCGUCUACUUCUUUGCGGCCACGGCCCAGUGCACCGACGCUCGGGACGCUGGGACGCAGGAAGAAUGGGAGAAGCUGGAUGCGAAAUGGAUCCCUCUCUCCGAGAUAUGGACAACGCUGCGCUUUGAGGCCGAAAUCCAGGUGGUAAUAAAGACCGUGGAGGAUAUGAGGAAGUCGGGAUAUAUGAUUAGCACGUGAACCUUGAGAUAGAGAUCCGGCUGGAGGACAACGUCGCAAGGGAACUUCACCCUCUCGUUUGCGUUGCCUUCUGUUCCCCUUGUUUUUGGCUGUUUGUAAUUAACAUCAAGGGAUG